ACCUAAUCAAAUGUAGUAAAUAAAAACCAAAGAGGGGGUGUGAAAAUGUGGUGUAUUCAUUGAUUAAUAUUCCUCCUCCCAAAGGAGCAGGUGCAGGAAUGAAAAGCAUUCAAAGCCAUCCAUCAUAUAAUUGCAGGGGGAGCGUGUAGUGGGGGGUGACAAUAAUCAUGAUUGCAAAGAAGAGCGAGAAUGUGGGUUAAAAGGAUUGAUAGUUUGUCAAACGCAAAGCGCCGCAGGGUGGGACGAAGGCUAUGGUUGGUAAGCGCUGUUGUUAGAAGGCACCCCACUUUGUCUUCGGUCAAGGCAUGGGUUGUUUGCAGAAGAAGGGUUAAGAGGACAUCUGACAAAGAGGCUUUGCGCAUUCAGAGGUUAAAUUUACAGCUUUAUGAACGGAAUCAGAGUAUUGUGCAAGAAAAUGAAAGGCUGAGGAAACAGGCUUUACUUCUCAGCGAGGAGAAUCAGAACCUACAGCAGAAGCUGAAAGAGCAACUUAGGUGUCGGAACAACAGUUUGGAAUCCUCAUGAGUUGUUUGGAGGAAGCUGAGGUUUCUUCAUGCUGUAUAUCAUUAUGGAAUAAUGUGGAUUAAUGAUGUACAGUGGGGAAAUUAAUUUUGUUAGACUGGUGAAGGGGCAAUGCUGAUAUAUUGUCUGUGAUUUACACAAUUUUAGGCAAUCAAAUUUACCUCUAAUAUGACUCCUGUAAUUCUCUGAACUGAGAAAUAAUUUGUCCAGUCCUCACUUUUCAUGGGAUUCUUCUCUGUGAUUGCAUGAUGGAUAUAUUGGGUAUCUGGUUAUGAGCUGAAAAAUUCUUGACAAGUGAUUGUGCGGAGACCCAUUCACUUGAUUAGGUUUAAGUGGCUUCCUGAUUAACCAGUUCUAUCAAUUUAAAAUUGUUUCCUAACUGCCUAUUGAUUUUGGCCGUUGCCAUUGCCUCA